AUGGCGGAGGCUGCGCUGGACCCGCUGACCGAGCUCCAGCGACAGGUCGCGCGGCUCGAGGAGGAGGCGCAACGCUCUGCGGACCUGCAGCGGCAGGCGGAGAAGCAGCGCGCCGCCCGCGCUGCGCACGUAGAGGAGCGGCUGGGCGCGCUGGACGACCAGUCGAGGGAGCUGCGCGGCCGGCUUCGGGAGCUCGAGGCCCAGGCGUCUGCAGCACCGCCCAGCGGGGACGCCCGGGCGCCGGAGGACGAGGCACGUCUCGACGCUCCGCAGUUUGCGAGCGUGGAGACCGAGCAGCGCGCCGCCCGGCUCGAGCAGCAGGUCGCCGAGCUCUUUGCCAAGGUCGGGCAGCUGGGGGCCCCCGCCGACGACGGCCGCCUCCAAGAGCUCGACCAGCAGCUGCAGGCCCUGAGCACCCGCGUGGCCGCGCCGCCGCCGCCGCCCGAGCCGCUGGCGGCGCUCGAGGCGCUGGCCGCCGAGGUGCGCAGCCUGCGCGGGCCCGCGGUGGAGGCCGCCUCGCGGGCGGCCGCCGCGGCGGAGGAGGCCGCCGCGCGGACGGGGGAGGUGGAGCGCCGCAUCGCCGCGAUGGAGAGAGGGCCCCAGGCCCCGCAUGAGCCCGGUGAUUCCGCCGCCGAGGCCAGCACCGCCGCGCACAACGCCGCGGCCGAGAUGCGCGAGGCGGUGGCGGCCGCGCAGGGCCGCGUGGCGCAGCUGGAGGAGCAGCUGCAGGCGGAGGGCGCUGCCGGAGCUGCGCCUGGCUUUGCGCAGCAGGAGGCCGAGCGGCUGGGCCGCCUGGAGGGCGCGCUGGAGGAGCUGAAGAGGGACGUGCAGGGGCGAGUGCAGCAGCUGGAGGAGGGCGCGUGGCGCGUGCUGGGCCGCGUGGCGCAGCUGGAG